AUGACCUCGAGAAACUUGAGGUUUCGUCACGUGGCAAUUUGGAGGGAUCCCUUCCUUGGCGGUACCAUCGACCACCACACGGUUGUGUACGAGUACUUGGACGGCAGACGCCUGAUGAGUCUGAAGCUAGACUGGGGUCGAGAUGGUCUGCAUUUCCACGACAGCCCAGAGGACCCAUGUCCCAAUGGAGAUGUCCUGGAACGAAAAUGGUGCGCCCGUCUGACCCCAGUUGAGGUUCAAGUUCAUUGGGACUACGUGAAAGAGAGGGACUACGAGCUCUCCCGUUGGAAUUGUCAACAUUUCAGCAGGUACAUGUAUGACAAAGCCGACGAGGGCGGAGCUGACAUGGUCAAGAACUGA